CUGUGCUGUAAUACUGUGCAACACUGCUUGUCAAAACACCAAGCAACGUCAAGACGUCAUCCGGUUUCUUUCCGAUUCGAGAAUUUGUCUCAUACAAACGGCAAAAAUGUCGCUCGUCAUCCCAGAGAAGUUCCAGCACAUCCUUCGUAUUAUGAAUACGAACAUUGAUGGCAAGCGCAAAGUUGGUAUUGCCAUGACCGCCAUCAAGGGUGUGGGUCGUCGUUACUCCAACAUUGUGCUGAAGAAGGCCGAUGUUGAUCUCACCAAGCGUGCCGGUGAAUGCACUGAGGAGGAGGUCGACAAGGUUGUCACCAUCAUCACCAACCCUCUGCAGUACAAAGUGCCCAACUGGUUCCUCAACAGGCAGAAGGACAUCAUCGAUGGCAAGUACUGGCAGCUGACUUCCUCCAACUUGGACUCCAAGCUGCGUGAUGAUUUGGAGCGCUUGAAGAAGAUCCGCUCUCACCGCGGUCUGCGUCACUACUGGGGCCUGCGUGUCCGUGGCCAGCACACCAAGACAACCGGUCGUCGUGGUCGCACUGUGGGUGUGUCCAAGAAGAAGUAAGCUGCCAACUUUCCCCACAGUGAGAUCGCUGAUACUACUUUAACUUUUACAAAAACCACAAAAAUAAAUGGAAAAAACGGAAACUGGAACGUUUUAGUGCGGAAUUAA